AUGUCUGGACCAGACUUAACAAUCAACCUUGUGGGAAUCCUCAUGCGUUUCCGUGAGAAUGCAAUAGCGAUCAGUGGUGACAUUCAGCAGAUGUUUUAUGCAUUCCGUGUUCAUGAAAAACACCGUGAUUAUCUCAGGUUCUUCUGGUAUGAAGAUAAUGACUUUCAAAAACCUCUGAUACAAUAUCGUAUGAAAGCACACGUAUUUGGAAAUACACCAUCUCCAGAUGUGGCAACUUACGGACUUCAUAAAGCAUCAGCUGUCGGUGAUUGUGAUGUUCGUAAAUUUGUUUACAAUAAUUUUUACGUUGAUGAUGGACUUACCUUCCUUCCCACAGAAGCUGAAGCAGUGACCCUUAUGAAGAAAACACAAGCAGCACUAAAAGAAAACGGAAAUAUUCGUCUUCAUAAAAUCAUUUCAAACAGUGUAAACGUAAUGAAAUCAUUCCCUACAGAUGACUUAGGAAGUGACCUUAAAGAACUGAAUCGUAGUACAGACAUGUGCAACUUACCUGUUCAACACAGUUUAGGAAUGUUGUGGGACUUGAACAGUGAUAUGUUUGUGUUCAAAAUCUCUAAUGCAGAGAAACCUUGUACCCGAAGAGGUCUUUUAUCUACACUGAACCGUGUGUUUGAUUCAGUUGGAUUUAUUUCUCCAGCAACCAUCAGUGGAAAAAUUCUGCAUCGUGAACUUGUACCUCCUGGAUGUGACUGGGAUGAACCACUCUCAGAGGAACACGUGAAAAAAUGGAAAAACUGGCUUGAUUCUUUACACUCUAUUAACGACUAUAGAGUUCCUAGAAUGAUCGUAUCUACUUCCAUAUCUCAGGCACAUUGCUUGGAUGUCCAUGUGUUCUCUGAUGCAUCAGAACAUGCCAUUUCUGCCGUUGCAUAUCUCCGAGUCAUUGACAGAGUGGGAGAAGUUUCUAUUGGAUUCCUUAUGGGAAAAUCAGAGCUGGCACCUCUUAAAGGUCACAACAUACCAAGACUGGAAUUAUGUGCCGCCGUCCUGGCCACAGAGGUAGGAGAAGCAGUAUAUGACUAUUUGAACAUUCCACGAGAUCGGUUUCAUUACUACAGUGAUAACAGAAUUGUCUUAGGAUACAUUUGCAAUAACACCCGCAGAUUUUUUGUUUAUGUUUCGAACCGUGUAGAAAAAAAUCACAAAGUUUCAUCUCCAUCUCAGUGGUCCUAUGUCUCAACAGAUAAAAACCCUGCAGAUACAGCGACAAGAUAUUCACAUACAGCAUUGACCACAUCUCUACAAAACUGGAUAACGGGACCCCAAUGGUUGAGAAAUGUUCCAGAGGAAACCAAGACUGUUUAUCCCCUCAUUGAGCCGGAAAGUGACAGAGAAAUUCGUCAAGAAGUUGUUUCAGGCAAAACUCAAAUUUCAACUGAGAUUUUGGACUCGAGUCGUUUUUGUAAAUUUUCUACCUGGAAGAGUCUUGUGAAAGCCAUUUCAACUCUGAGACGUUUCAUUAGAAGUAAAACAAAAGUGAACUGUGAAACCAUUGAAGAACAACCAAAAUUACACAAAGAAACAUAA